AGACUCGAGCAUCCCAACCCUCUGCGCCGCAGAUACAAUGAACAUGGCGGACGACUUGCCGCCCGGAUGGGAGAAGCGCGAAUCCAAGUCCCAGCCAGGGAGGUACUACUAUGUGUCGCCUGCUGGCCAGACGCAAUGGUUUCCGCCGCGGCGGUCGAAUACGGCUCGAUCUUUCAACUGGCGGUGCGAAAUCGAGAUAGAGUUUGGACCGGGGCGCCUAGGAGUGAACUUGAAGGAAGUUGCGCAGACAACGAACAUCCCAUUUCCCAUGUUCCAAGCUGAAGUCGAGGAACUGCCAAAGCUACCUGGUGGCAAGCCCGGCCCUGCAGAAAUUUACAAUUGGAGCGUGCGGCCGGAACGACGUCUUUAUCCGAACAUGCGACUCACGCAAGUGGAUGGCGUGGCGCUGGCAGGGUGCAAGUACACGGAAGUCGUCGACAAGCUCAAGAAGGCCGCUCGUCCCGUCAAGCUCAAGUUUGCAGACGUCUCGCAAGGUCUGCUUGGUGAAGGGGAGACGUCGGCAUUGGAUUCAGCGCCCACAUCGUCCGUAAACCCCACGAUUGCAUCGACUUCAGCAUUGGCCUCGGCAGGGUCUCAGUCAAUGGGUGCGUUGACCUCGGCACCGCCGUCCGCAUACAGCGUUCAAAAGCAAAAGAAGGAAGAGUACAUGAAUUUGCUCGUCACGAGCGAGCUCAGCAACGAAAUGUGGCGCCUCGAAACGCAGAAAGUCCAGUCAACAUUCAAGCAGCUCACGCUCAAGUGGAACUUGCUGUCGGGGUCGCUGAGUGGGUUGUUGGAGGCGCAGGUGAAGGCGAAGAAAGAAAUCGAAGCAGCAACGGCGGAAAAGGCCAAAUACGACGAAAUGUUGAUCCAGCUGCAGAAGCAAGAGAGUGGCGCGAUCGUGUCACCGGAGGUGCAGCGUAUGAACGACCUCAGCGGAAAGAAUGCCGAGCUGACUCAGGACAUUGGCCACAUGAGUGCUGGAAACAAGAAGCUGCGACGAGAGCGCGAUGCAAACCAGAGGCUCCUCGACGAAUUGGAGGCGCAACUCGUGCACGGCCUCACGCAGCAACCGGUGCUGCACGAGUGUUUGGUUGGGCUGGUCGACGAAACCAUGACGUCCAAAGCUAAGAUCGCCGUGAUCCGCCAAAAGGUGGCGGCCAUGGAACUGGAAAUGCAGAAGGAAGAGGCCAAGACUCGACAGGCGGAGAUGGAGCUGGCCCAGCUCAGCAAGGUUUACAACCAGCAGACAGAAGUGAUCCUCGAGUCGUCUCGAGGAGGCAUGGUAGUACCUCCAGAGCCUCGCCGUUCACCUCUCCCAGCACGACCUCCUCCUGCAGAAGAAAAACCUCCCACGACUUCUCCACCGCCGCCGACGUACAAUGCCACGCCAUCUUCGUCGUCUUCGUCCAUGUUUAUGGGGUCCUCUCGUGGCGGCCUCUUCAAUCGAUCCAACUCGACCGACUUGUACGUUUGUCGACGUGAAAUUCCGCGAUGACUGCAGGGUGACUUUGGUAGCCUUGCGACGCCGCCGCCCCACGUCAUUCGCCAGGGACACUUGGAGAAGUUCCCCACGCACUUCAACCAGGACGGAGGAGGGAUGCUCAAAUCGAUGCGACUCAUGCGAGGAGCACGUGAACGUUGGUGUCAACUCCAUGCAAGCGGGACGUUGGUGUAUUACAAAAAGCGCGGAGACCCCGUGCCACGCGGCGAAAUUGCAUUGACCGACCCGACGUUGGAAGUCGUCUGCGAAGCGCUCCUGUACGAGUGGAUCCGUUUUCUUCACAGUCCUGAUGGAACGUCGGUUAGCAAUGGAUCUUCAAAGAAGCCCCCGAAGGAGCUUGUGUUCACGGUGAGCACGACCCAUGCCCAGAACCGAUUCCAAGCGCACACGAUGGAGGAACUACGAGAUUGGGUCACUGCCAUCCUGACUUUCCACAGCGGAUGGAUGAGCACCAGGGUACGUAUCGCUGCGACCGUCGCCUUCAUAUCGAGGCAUCUCAAUUGACGUCAUGAACAGGUCUCGAUUGGAAGCGACGGCGCGAACGUUGAGGUCGCGCCCAAGGUCCCCGACGAAUCUUAUUUGCGUCGAGCUGUUGAAUUUUAAUUUAACGAUGACGUGUGGAGUAAAAUAUAAAAA